CCGUGGCAACGCGCGGGGGGAUCCCGGGAUGUCCUCGUCGCCCGUGGAGGAGUGCCGGUCGCCCGUGGGGCUGGACUGCUGCAGCUGCUGCCUGGACUUGGCCAACCGGAGCGGGCUGGAGGAGGGGGCCCGGGGCGAGAACAACAACCUGGGCAGCCCCACCGUCAGCAGCUUCCGGCAGCUGCAGGAGCAGCUGGUCCGCAAGAACCUCAACACCGACAAGCUGAGCUCCAUCAUGCGCCAGGACUCGCUGGAGCCCGUCGUGCGGGACCCCUGCUACCUCUUCAACCAGGGCAUCUGCAACAGAAACAUCGACCAGACCCUGCUCUCCAUCCUCCUGCUCUUCCACAGUGCCUCCGGCGCCAGCGUGGUGGCCAUCGACAACAAGAUCGAGCAGGCAAUGGAUCUUGUGAAAAAUCACCUGAUGUAUGCAGUGCGGGAGGAGGUGGAGGUCUUGAAAGAGCAAAUCAAAGAACUGCUGGAGAAAAACUCCCAGCUGGAGCGUGAAAACAGCCUCCUGAAGACCCUCGCCAGCCCUGAGCAGCUGGAGAAGUUCCAGUCCCGGCUCCCCACGGAGGUCCUGUGCCCGGAGGAGCAGAGCCCCGGGGCGGCUGCCCCGGCCCAGCACUCGGGGGGCUCUGCGGUGUAAGGUGGCUCUGUCCUCGGGGUGGGCAGAGCCACAGAACUCUUUCUACUUAAUCUCCUGCAA